AUGAUCCAUUUAGCACUCUCAAUUCCAAUAGGAAGUGCUAAUUUAGAUAUAGACGGUGAACGAUUGAAACAACUACAGAAAAGACUAAACGGUGUGAACUAUUUCGUCAUUGACGAAAAAAGUAUGGUUGGGCAUCGAAUGCUUGCUUUAGUUGAUAUGCGACUAUGCCAAGCAUUCCCUGAACAUAAAAAUCAGCCCUUUGGUAAUCGGUCAGUUAUUCUUGUUGGCGAUUUUGGUCAACUUCCUCCAGUGCUUGAUGAGCCUAUGUACUCGCAAACCUUCCGACAUGAUCUAUUAUCAAACGACGGUAUUACUACGUAUAAACAAUUCCAAGAGGCCUAUAAACUUGAUAUAGUUCAGUGUCAAUCAGGAGAUUCGGAAGAGCAACGUAAUUUCAGAGAUAUUCUAUUGCAGCUACGUGAUGGUGAAUCUACAGUAGCUGAUUGGAAAGUACUUGCUGCGCGAUUUAUUGAUUCACCAACUAUUUUAUCUCCAGAACAAGAUCAUUUCUCAGAUGCCAUAUGCAUCUUUCCCUGGAAAAUCGACGUUAACGAAUUUAACGUCAACAAACUCAAAACUUUGAACUGCCCUAUUGCUAGAAUUAAUGCCAUUCACACAGGUGGCAAUGAAGCACGUAAAGCUGAUUAUGAUACAGCAAAAGGCCUUGAGGCACAAUUAUUUUUAGCAAGGGGUGCACGUGUUAUGCUCAGGGCUAACUUAUGGACAGAAUUUGAUAAUUACGCUGGUCCUGCUAUUACGACUAUAGAAGGGUUAACAUUACAAAAGGCCGUAAUAGAUCUCGGGAAAAAGGAGUAUGCUGCCGGCAUUUCAUUUGUAGCAAUUUCCCAAGCCUGUGCUCUCAGAAAUAUCCUUUUUAGACCAUUUUCACUUGAUAGACUUCAACGUAUCAAAACUUGCAAAAGGCUACAAGAAAGAAUGGCUGAGGAAGGAUGA